AUGGCUAUUGGCUACCAGUCCGAGUAUUCACCCAGACCGAGUAUUGCAUCCAGUUCGAGUAUUGCACCCAGUCCGAGUAUUGCACCCACUCCGAGUAUUGCAUCCAGUUCGACUAUCGCACUCAGUCCUAGUAUUGCCCACAGACCGAGUAUUACAACCAGUCCGAUUAUUGCACCUUGUCCGAGCAUUGUACUCAGUCCGAGUGUGGCACUCUGUCUGAGUAUGACACCCAAUCCGAGUAUUGCACGCAGUCCGAGUAUUGCACCUAUUCCGAGCAUAGCACUCAGUCCGAGUUUGGCACUCAGUCCGAGUAGUGCAUCUCAUCCGAGUAUUGCACUUAGUCCAAGAAUUGCAUUAAGUCCGAGUAUUACACCCAGUCCGAGUAUUGCGCCCCGUCCGACUAUUGCACCCAGUACGAGUAUUAUAUUUUAUCCGAGCAUGGUACUCAGUCCGAGUAUGGCACUCAGACCGAGUAUUGCUCCCUGUCCGAGUAUUGCACCCCGUCCGAAUAUUGCACCCAGGCCGAGUAUUGCCCUCAGUCAGUUCGAGUUUGGCACUCAGUCCGAGUAUUUCACCAAACCCGAGUAUUGUGCCUUGUCCAAUUAG